AUGUCGACCAACGACUUGCAAGCUCUGUUUGCGAACCUGAGGCCAAAGCCUCGCGAUUCUCCUGCCCCAUCCCACACCUCCAACAAUGUUGGCCAGCCUUCGCCGUUCAAUGGCGUCUCGCCGCUUCCAUCAAGCCCUCCUCCACGUCCUACCUAUGUCGCGAAUGAGGGUUCUUACCCCAGCCAGAUGGCACAACCCGUGGCAUCAGCACCCUCUGCCUCUGCGCAGUCUCUACUGAACUUGCUCAAUUUUGGACCUUCCGCCUCAACACACUCGAAUGCCACCUCGACGCGACUACCUUCUGCUAGUAUUACGCAUGUCGUCUCAGAAGGACAGAAUGGGAAGCUGCCAGCACUUCAGGCGCCAAGACAGGAGCAAUCGGCUUCAGCGUCUGAUCUUGUCGCCAAAUUUAUGUCUCCACCCGCCGAAGUGCGGCCAGCACUCAGGGCUCCGUUCAAUCUAGAAGAUCAGGACGGAGGUGGCGAUGGUUCGUCUUCUACGAAUUCUCGUGAUGCUUCGCAAGAUGCUCUCCUGAAACUUUUGAGCAAGGUACAUCUUGGAAGUUCCGCUGGUGGACGUCCGGCUCCUGUUGAGCGACCGCAGUCAAGAGACGCUACUGCUGUCGAGUCCUUGUUUACCUCGACCAGCGCUCCUCACUCAGACCCUGUUGAUACUCCUGUUCUAGCAAGCGAGCCUCCGGCGCAGUCCCAGCCGCUCUUUACGUACACGAAUCCUUUCGAAGCUUUACACACCUCUUUGAAGGCCUCUCGCACACAGACACCCGGGAAUGGGACGUCUGUGCCCACAGUGCUCAGUGCUGAGACCCCGCAUCCUAGUGUGGAAGGUGGCCCUGACGGUGCCGAAGCCCCUACUUCACGCGUGGCUACUACCGAGCAGGUCGCCAAGAGAAAGAUUCUUACGCCUAGACUGCCCUCGGGAUCGAGGAAUGCGACUCUCUCGCGCGAGGCCUCAGUCGAUCAGUCGCCUCCAAAACAGGAGUCUGGCGCCGGAGAUGCCGCUCCGGUGCAGGAUAUCUUGGCCUCUGCCCCUCCAGAAGUCAAGCAAGAAGAGCAAAAAAUAAUAGAGACUCUCGAGGAAGCUCACUCUGAGGCAAAGAAUGGGGAACUCUCUGAAGUGGAGAAGGCUGUUGCUCGGUCGCCUGACGGCGGGGAUGAAUGGGAAGAUAUGGAGGUUUCGCCGAACAAAGAAGAUGCCAGAAUUGUCCCUGUCUACAAUUUCCCCAUAAAGCCGUUCGUGUCACUCAACUUGCAGUUCCUUGAACCUGCAGAAGUCGGCAUUAGGGAGGAUGGUGUCAUGGAAAUUUCGCGACUGAAGAAGGACUUCGACCAACUGGAUCGUUCUUUGGCAGCAGCAACUUCAAAGUACAUCACCUACGCGUUGGUUAAGAACGGCGGCAUGCGCAUCAUCAGACAAGAUGAUGGUAGUGACAGGCAAGUGUUCAAGAACUCCGGUGACCGCAUUUUCAAUGUCGCCCUUUGCACAUCCUCUCCUCCUGGGGAACCAAGCGAUGAUCAAACUGUUCUCGGAACUGGUGUCAGUGGCACGGUGUACUAUGCAACCAUCACCAAGGAUGGAAAUGAUCUGUUUGAGAAGAACGCGCUGGAUACUGAUAGUCUCAUUUUCCCUCCCUAUCCUUCCGCCGACGAGAACACUGCUGGAGGCGUGCUGAAGACACGUGCAAAGCGGAGUUCGCGGCAUCCAGAGUUCUUCGCUAUUGGACGCGGCAAAGCAAUCCAUAUUGUCUGGCCGGCGACUGCACUAUCUCCCCGUUACGGCGUUGAAGGGCACAAUCGAAAAGUCGAUGUGGAAAAGUUCUUCCAGGAACGGUCGUUGCAGAUUGCCACUGGCAAGGCCGGAAAGGAUUUCACCUUCAGCGAGGAUGACACUCUUGUCGUGUCACUGGAUAAGACCGGACGACUUCGAUUCUGGGACAUUCGCAAGCUGAUUGACGAUUCCAAUGCAAGUGCAGCUCGUGUGGCAGGCAUGACUGUAGACUCUCCACUUCUGUCUCUUUCGACUGCAUCACCAUCCGAAAAGUCAUGGCCAACCUCGGUGACAUUCGUUGACAAGGUCCGUCCAUACAACAAAGGCUCAGCGCUGCGCUAUGUUUUGGUUGGGCUGCGACAGAAUCAUACGCUGCAGCUCUGGGACAUUGCCUUAGGAAAGGCUGUGCAAGAGCUCAAUUUCCCUCACGAGAACGAGACCGACCCUAUCUGCAGCGUGUGCUACCACGCUAGCAGUGGCAUUAUCGUGGUCGGACACCCAACUCGAAACUCGCUCUUCUUCAUCCACCUAUCUGCACCAAGAUACACAUUGGCUACGACCCUAUCACAGGCGGCGUACAUUCAGCGUAUUGCCCAGAAAGACCCGGAACUCCCCAAGCCCGAAUCAACUGCUUGUAUGAGUGGCAUCCGCGAAAUCUCAUUUGCCGGAAAAGGCCAGCUGAGGAGUGUCGAGAUUUUGCCCAUUCAGCGAACCACCGAGGCGCAGAAGAAUCUCGAUGAACACAAGCCUCUCUUCGAGCUCUAUAUUGUGCACUCCAAGGGGGUCACAUGCCUCAAUAUCGCCAAAGUCGACCUUGGCUGGGACGCCAGUAGCAAGGUUGUGCAUGGUGUUAAUGCUGCGGACGAAGGCUAUGUCACUCUGAAGGAACUGCGACUAGGCAGUGUGAUUGAAGAGGGGCCCCAAGAGAGCAGCCCGAUUGAGGAAACGCCACAGCCGACCAAAAGCUCGAAGAAGAAAUCUGGCAAGAAGAGCUCGACAUCCACUGAACGGCCCGAGGCUACACAAGUCGAAGAAGCAGUGCCUCCCAAACCCCUUCCUAUUCCUACCCUAGGCAACGGGUCGGAACCGACAAAGGUGGAGAUCCCUCUAAUAAAGGAGAGUAAGAAGAGCAAAAAGAAAGCUUCCCAAGUCGUCGAUUCGCAAGUCCCUGAAAAAGCUACUCCAACCACUGAAUCGCCUAUGAAAGCCGCCGAAUCCUCGCCGUCUGCCCCUCUGGGCACGGACCCUGUGCCGAUUGAGGCGCCCACAUCUGUGGCAGCACCUCCCCCAUCCACGGCCGAAGCAAUGGCUAAACAGGAAGCCGUCACUGUCGGCAUCUCGGGUGACUGGCUCGACAAAGAACUCAAAAAGGUCGAAAAGGCGGUGUCCACAGAGUUCCGGAGGGAGCUGGGUGUUUUGCAGCAAAACAUCCAGAAUGAUAGAGUUGCGCAGGAUUCUGCAGCGGUCGCCCGCCAGGAAGCUCUGCUUCGACUUGUCUCUACAACCCUGAGCAACAAUGUCGAGAAGGCAAUGUCUCGCAUACUCUCCACCGAGAUGGACCAAUCUAUGAUUCCUGCGCUGACCACGGCGACGGUACAAGCAGUCACUGGACAAGUCGGAGACGCCGUCACGAAAAGUCUACAUUCCGUGGUGCCUCAUGAGCUGCGAGCUCAGCUCCCUCCUGCCAUCAAUGCAGCCCUUCAAAAUCCUAAUAUGACUCGGGCGAUAGCAGACACGAUCUCGCCCAAGAUCGCGAAACAGAUGGAAAGUCAGCUGAAUGAUAUUCUGGAGAGGCAAGUUGUACCUGCGUUCAAGACGCUUGCUCUAGCCACGGCUGAGAAGGCGGCGUCUGAGGUUGAGGUGCGCCUUCGCAACGAGAUUCGCCAGUUGGAAAACGAUAGACGCCACGACAUGAGCAGGCUUGAAAAGCUUGGUGAAGUUCUUCAGGCUACGGCAGCAACGUUGCAACAGAUGUCCGAUACACAGGUCGCAUUUCAGGGCCAGAUCCUGAAGGACCGCCGCCAGCUCGCACUUCUUGACGAGGGUAGUUCGGUGCCUGGGUCUCGACAAGUGUCAACGGCUCGUAUGACGCCGUCGCCUCGAGCUAUCUCUCGAGCUUCCAUUCCUCGGCAGAAGACUCGGGAGGAACUUGAGUUUGACGAAAUUAGCCACCUGAUGAACGACGGCCGCUAUGAGGAAGCUUCGAUAAAAUGGCUACAGUCAGCGCAGCAGUCGGAUCUGUUCGACAAGUUGUUCAUCCACUUCACUCCAGAAUAUCUCUCGAGUGAUGUGUCUCCACUCAUUGCUUUCUCGAUUGCCGUCACGAUCGGAAAUUCGUUAACCACCAACACCGCUCAACGUCUUGAGUGGAUCUCAGCCGCUUUCAGCUCGGUCGACCUCUCCGAUCCUGAGAUCGCUGACCUGGCACAACAUGCCCCGGCAUUGUUGAGCUCGCUGAUCCAAAAGCUGGAGCGACUAUACAUGACAAUUGCGGAACGGGACCCGGCGGACCCAGCCUUGCAGAUCAUGCCGGUUGUCUCAAGGCGGGCGAAGGAGAUGAGGGCGUCCUUGGGUGGGUAG